AUGGGGGCCUCGGAGUCCAAGCUGGUCUUCAAGCAGGGUAUCUUCCGCCUCUCUGAGGAGAAGGAGAUCCCCGCAGAUGACCCCUACUGGACAAGAUUUUGGGAGCUCCCUGAAUCCACCGAAGAUGUCUUCAGCUUAUUUACCCCCGCCGAUAUUCGUCGAACGCGAGACAAUGCCCUCUCCAACUUCGAAACGUUACUCCUAUCAGUCUCCUCGCGUCUUAUAGUCCUCAAGAAUCAUCCUUCGUUCCCAGAUCCAGACCUGGCCCCCGAGCGCGAUGCGCUCAACUGUAUCCGCGUCCUUACUCGACUCCUCCCCUUUGUCUACGAAGCCGACCACCUCGAAGGAUGGGAGGAGAAGUUCUUCUGGACACGUCGCAUGAAGAAAACCAGACAAGCUCAGAUCGCUGGCGAGGUCCUAUUCGACGAGGCUGGGCUGGCGGACCAACAAGAUGGGGAUUCCCCCCGUUCAGAGGAAUACGAGGAGGUGAAGCCGCUUGCCGAGGAGCUGAUUGACACACUCUUUGACUUGCUAUUUUUUGCGGAUUUCACCAUUCCAGUUCUCCCGACGGCGAAGGGCAAGAUAUCUUACUCGAUAUGGCAGAGUGGUGUUGGCUGCAACACAACGAUGGGAUCCAACAAGACCUUGGAAAGUAACCGGUGUGAGAUUCUCCGACUUCUCCUCACCAUGACCGGCAAAGCGAUGUAUCUACCGUCAAACACCCUCCCGGUUCAAGGCGUGAAAGCGAUCACCUACAUCACCACCUGCCAAGAUAAGCAAUCUGUUUUGACACUACUCUGCUCUCUUCUGAAUACGGCCAUGAAAUACAACCCUGCAUCAUGGAGAGUUCCAUACGACCAUGUGGUCUGGAAAGAUCCCAAGCAGAUCAUGGUAAUAUACAGCCUGCAGCUUCUCCUGGUUCUCCUUCUGUACCCUAUUCCUGAGGAUGGUCGUGGGGCCCCGCCAAAGAACUACUACCGUCAUUACUACGGAAGAUUACAUAGACCCCAAGACUUCCAGUUUCUGGUGGAUGGUAUGACCAGGAUUUUGAAUCAGCCUAUGCAAGCCACCGCUUCAUAUCUUCCUGGCAGCCAAAGAUCGGUGAAAUGGGCCCCAGAAAUUCUGGUUCUGUUCUGGGAGACUCUGCAAUGCAACAAGCGCUUCAGAUCAUUCAUUAUAGACUCCAACCGAUCUCAUGACUUCAUUAUCCUUUGCGUCUUCUAUGCCAUGGAGUACAGAACCGAUCCUUCAAAGCAGGGCGUGGUGCGCCUGUGCGUAUUCAUUCUUCAGACAAUGAGUGCAGAGGCGACGUUUUGUGAAAGUCUCAACAUGAAGUUUGAAGCUCAGGAGACCUUGCCACAGCCUAUCAGGCUGGUCAAAUUCCGAGGCUCUUAUGCCGAUUUCCUGAUCAUUUCUAUCCACACUCUCAUGGCGACCAGCAAAGGAAAGCUCGAUACUGUUUAUCCAGCUCUCUUGAUGAUCCUCAACAAUGUGGCCCCUCACAUCAAGCGAAUCUCACCCAGUGCCAGUUCCAAGGUCAUCCAACUCUUCUCUUCAAUGUCUACCCCCAGCUUCUUGUUGGCGAAUGAGACAAAUCACACUCUUCUUGCAGCGCUCUUGGACUUUAUAAAUGCAAUUCUUGAGCACAACUUCACAGAAAAUUCGUACCUUGUUUAUGCAAUCUUGAAGUACAAGCAGCGCUUUGAGGCCGUACGGAAAUUCACACUAGAAAGUGGCCAACAAGAGAUCGAGCGUCAGAAGGAGAGGUGGAAGGCCGGAGCGGCCCCUAACGACACGCCCGCAAGCCCGACUCUUUCGCAAUCCGAGGAGGAUCUCCAUCUUCCGUCGGGUGCUCGGUCGCCUCUUACCCAAAUCCCGGAAGAGAACAGUGCCUUCGCGAUCGGCGAAGAUGACUCUGAUGAUGAAGGGCCACACACACCUUCUCAGUCUUCACCAUCGGCACAAACAUCUCGCAGGCCCUCAAUUGCAUCCACGACUGACGAGACCAGUUCGCAGCUGCGCGGGAUGUCCGAAAAGGCUCGCGGCAAGAAGCCUGCCGGACAGCCGUCGUUCUCGCGCCAAAACAGUAUGACUAGUCAAACUAGCAUGUCUGCUCUAUUCUUGUCAUCUUCUACGGCUUUCACGCCCACUGUUAGUUGGCUCGAGUCCUGGCUUCCGGAACUGCCCCUACACACCAUCCUCACCAUCAUCUCCGCCAUCGCGCCCCAUAUUCCCGAUGCAGCACUACAGACUACAUCCAGCCCCGAAGCCCGUACUUUGAUCACCAACCUUCCGUCCUUUGCCGAAGAGCCCCAGGUCAAGGGUAUCAUCUCAGAGCCAAUCCCGACUAGGGUUCAAUCAUUUGAAUGGUCCGCUCUCUCGAUGGGUUGGUAUGAGUCUCUCCUGUGGGGAUUCAUCUUCUCCAGCGAGAUGGUCGUCGGCACAGCCGCAGGAGCCACACCAGGAACGGUGGGUGUGUGGAAUGGUACCGGGAUUCGCUUAUUCAGGGUGCAAGAGGCAGCCGCGCAAGGACCGACCCUGCUUGCUCCCAAAGGAGCGGUUGAUGCAGUUGGAAGCAACCUCGUUCAGCGCAUCGGCAACCUCAGUCUACGCGGCCGCAACUCCACGUCCCAAGAGCCACCGGCAAGGGGCUCAUCUCCAAGUAUUCGAGAGGUUUAG